UUUAUUAUUACGUAUUCACAAGACCUUUAAAAUUCCGUGUAUUUAACAAUUACUAAAUUUAAAAGUAUUUUUGUUUUAAAUUUUGUAUUCAAGAAUCAAUUCAAUGCCUUAUUUGCUGAUUUCAACACAAAUCCGUUUGGAAUGCGGGCCCACUAUAGUUGGCGACACCGAUAGCGACCCCCAACUCAUGCAAUACUUGAAUGCAAUCAAAACGAGUCAAAUUGGAAAUAAAUUCGAUGAAUGGCGUACUGAAGACACUCCUCGAGUAGUUUUAGACAAACUCGAAGCCAUUGGUUAUAUCGUGAUCGCAAUGACAGGAGUGGGACAGACCUGUUGCUGGACUCUUCAUAAACCUAACACUUACUGAUCGUACGACUGUCCCAAUCAAGUCUUACUUAUAAAACAUAUAAUUAAUUGUAAUAACAAAUAAAUUUUGCUAAU